UUGUAUCUGUGAGAGCUGAGAGGCUGUGUGCCACAUGUAGUGCUUCUGUUCCUCAGUGACUCAUACACACCACCAUCUACUGAUUCGACAGUUCGUUUGGGGAGGGGAGUGCAUCAGAUCCGAGACUCCCCCUCCCAACAUACACACACACACUGACUGCAGCCAAUGCCUCUCUCUCUCUCUCUCUCUUCGUCAGCGAGUGCCUGAGACAGGAACUCAGAGAUUCUGUAAACUCGUUUAGAAUAACACAGCACUACGAGGCAGUAAGGGCUGCUGUCUCCGGCUAGCUGUCUGUAACCAGCCCCUUGGAUCUAUUGCUCAACCCCCCCUUACUGUCCUGGAACACCUUUCUGAAGCCAGUUUAAAGGUCAAGAGCUUUACUGAAAACCCUCGCUGCCCUGCACACUGCUGCCGGAUCUUUUGCAAUCCCAGAUCUCCAACCUUCACGAUUGGAUGGCAGAUAUGCUGGAAAUAACCCAACAGGGGCACAUUGGACAUGAGUACAGUUUUGUCCAGAGUGAAACCUUGAGGACUACACUGCAAGAGAUGGAGCCUCUAAAGAUAUCCACUGUCCCCCUCUGGGAACAAAGCACUGAGAAGAUCAAUGGUUCGGCAUUUAGGAAUGAAUCCCAUAAUGGGACGCAUGGAGAACCAUUCAUGUCGAGUGUCAGCACCAUUGUGCUUCCUGUAAUUUACUUCAUUGUUUGUGUAAUAGGUCUCAGUGGGAAUACUCUAGUUAUCUAUGUUGUUGUAUGCUAUGCCAAGAUGAAGACAGUGACCAAUAUCUAUAUCCUGAACCUAGCUGUGGCAGAUGAACUCUUUAUGCUUGGACUGCCGUUUAUUGCUGCUCAAAAUGCCUUGAGCUAUUGGCCGUUUGGAUCCUUUAUGUGCAGGCUGGUCCUGACUGUCGAUGGCAUUAACCAGUUCACCAGCAUCUUCUGCCUGACCGUCAUGAGCAUUGAUCGCUACCUUGCGGUAGUGCACCCGAUCAGAUCCACCAAAUGGCGCUGUCCACGGAUUGCCAAGAUGAUUAAUGCUUCAGUGUGGAUAUCAUCCAUCGUGGUCGUUCUUCCAGUUAUCAUAUACUCCGAGGUCCAAACUGACAUUAACACUUGCAACAUUAACUGGCCAGAGCCCAAGUCAGUUUGGAGUGCAGCCUUUAUCAUAUACACAGCAGUUCUGGGCUUCUUUGGCCCACUGUUAAUAAUAUGCCUCUGUUACCUACUCAUUAUAAUCAAAGUUAAAUCUUCUGGUUUACGUGUUGGAUCAACCAAACGAAGAAAGUCUGAGAGAAAGGUCACCAGAAUGGUUAUCGUCAUCGUAGUUGUGUUUGUAAUUUGCUGGCUCCCAUUUUACAUCCUGAAUAUUAUUAAUCUAAUUUUCACCUUGCCAGAGGAACCCGUUUCUGUGGGAAUAUAUUUCUUUGUGGUGGUCCUCUCCUAUGCCAACAGUUGCGCCAAUCCUGUGCUCUAUGGGUUCCUGUCAGACAACUUCAAGAAGAGUUUCCAGAAAGUUCUGUGCUCAUGCAAGCCUAAUGGUGUUGAAGAUACAACUGAACAGAAGCAAGAGAAGAGUCGAUUUCCAGAUACAUGCAUGACACAGAGAUUGGCUGAACCAAAUGGCUGCAUGCAAACGAGUCAGAUUUAAGGAAGGUGCCCAAGUCACACACAGUGACGCCCAUGAGUUCUGACAAAGUGCUCUCCACUGCUUGGUAGUUCGCCAAGUGCUUGUGGAGAGCACAGCAAAAUUUUUUAAAGGUCCAGAGCUCACGUCGGGCUAAAUAUGAGCGUUAACUGCAAUCGUUGGUGGUCCUCAAUGUUUAUUUACGAUCCGUGUGUAUGUGUGUACAGUUAUUCUUUGGUAAAGAAGGAAGACAUAGACUUUGAAAUUUGGGGGCACUCCUUUAAGCGUACAUAUGGGAGGAGUUACACUCCCCACAUUAAAUAAAUGGUCCGCAUUUCAUUUCAGGUGGUACAAGUCUCAUGAAUCAAUCAGCCGCAAUGGGUUGGUGAUUCUGUUUUUAAAAACCUUUGAAAGAUGCAUCUCAUGGUAAGAAAUCAUUGACUUCACAUUUAAAGUUUUACGUGAGAACGACCAUUAUCUUGAAACAAAAUUACAGUUCAGCUGUACAGUGUGUAUAUUUUCCUUUACUGCUGUUUGAUUGUGCGGUGUAGUAUUAUAGAUGCUGAAGGGCACAAUGCAGUAAAACUGUCCUUUCACCUCCAGCAUGUGAGUCGAAAACUGGCACAACUAAGUGAGCAGCUUUCUCCUCGAGAGAGCUCGUCAGGCUCUGAAAAUUUGGCAAUCUCAAUCCAGGGGCCUGGGACUUGAGUACAAAGCAGUUCAGAAUUCCAAGUGGAGAAUGCAAGUGGGGGAAGUGAAAAUAAAAACCGAUGCAAUUAGAUCGAGCUCUUUUAAAGGAAUAGUAGAGUGGAGGAAGAUUUAUUUCCCAUUCAACCCAUACUCCACCUCAAUUAACUGUUACCAAGUGGAUGGGUGUCUGGGCUGCCUACUGCAAGCUCAUUGUGUCUUGUGCCACUUGGGCAGGAUUUUUCAGAUGGCAGAAAUGUUUGCCCCCACCAACCAAAGAUGUGGCAGAGAAGGAAUCCCCCCACUGAUCACAGCUCCCCUGCGGCCAUGCCAUUUAACACUACAAAAAGUGUUAGUUGAUUGCAGGCAGGACUUGUCUGGCACGCACUCUGCCUCAGCUUUGGCAGCUCCAAUGGCCAGGGCUGGGUCCCCGGAGAUCAGGGCAGACCCGGUCGGGGGCUUUCCUGGCCGGGAAGGGAGUGAGGCCCAAAGGAGAGGACCACAGGAUUCUGGGUCUCCAUUGAGAGACUGAGCUGAGGGGUUUGGAGAUGGGCUGACGGCCUCCACAGGGGGUGGCAGACUUUGAGGGAGGGGUAGUGGAAUGCCCAAUGUGGAAAGGGGAACUUUGAGGUACAAUGCCCACUCUCCCUGCCCAGGCCCCAAACCAAGUAAACCGGGUGGGCUUCAACUUGCUCCUCCUGAUUCAAAAUCGAGCCCAAGUGGGAAGUGGCUGAUUUUGUAGUCAAAGGUUGAAGUUGUUUUUAUAGCCAACAUCAGCAGUGGGGAGCUGGUGUCUUCUGCCUGUACCACACCAGCCAAAAGCUUGGCCAAGGAGGGAGCUAAGCAUAGGGAAGGGAAGUAGGGGGGAGUUACGGGGAGAGGGAAGGGAUCAGCAAUAAGGGUGGGAGAGUGACUCUCUGCGAACUCCCAUCUUCCCACUGGUGGAUCCCUCAACAAGACGUGCUCUAGAGACACCCCCCCCCCAGCGCAUACCUUGGAAAUGUAUGCUUCUGCAAUACUCUCAGCCUCUGACCCAGUACUGUCACGUCUCAUUCCCACAGAUAUCAAAUUGUUGUUGGAGAUUUAAGUGGCUGCAAAAUUUAAAAAACAAAAAUAGUUUGCCAAUUUAUUCUGUCUGUUAAUCCACCCUUACAUUUCAUCUUUUCUUCAGGGCCUGAUUUGAUAAAUUUGCUGCACUUCCUUUUCCAUGAUUCCUCAGUUUUGUUCUUAAUCUUUUAAUCCCUUUGGUUAAAGGAGCCAGACUCUUGCUUCUGGGCUUCUUCCAGGACAUGCAACCUGGUUAUCUACCGCAUUUGCAGCACUUGCAGGGAAAGAAAUCUUCUGAUCUGAAAAGUCUAUAUAAAUGUGCCGGCAACAUUUGAACCACUUACAUAAUGCUGGGUGCUUUAUCCUCGGAACAGAUUUUUUAAAAAAUGGCAUUUGUUUUGUGAGAUGUUCUGUCAUGUUCUGGAGGUGAAAUGGAGAGGAUAGACAGGGAGAGAGCGCUGUGAUCUUGUAGCUACUUCCACUCUGAGGGAUGGGCAGGCUGGGGUUUCAAAUGUACCCUCUACCAAAUGUGGUCUUUCACUUUGGAGAGCUAACAUGAUCUUGAAAGUGAGUACACAUUUAAAAUUUCAGAAGACAGACAGAGGAUUCCGAAUAUAAGGAGGACUAGAAGGGAAGCCACACAAAUGGCGAAUGUGGUGGGGGGGGGUAAAACUUGUCUCAGACUGAGAGGAGGGUUUGUGACAGGUUUGUAAAUGACUUGCUAGCCAGCUGGGUGGUGGGAGAUAGGAGGGCUGACACACGCUGAGCAUUGAUGAAUUGCAGUAACAGAAUAUAAAUACUGCAAAUUACCAAGCAUGAGCACGUUGUGCAAUAUGUUAUGGUCUCUGUUCAUGUCUUCAGAUUCAUUAUGUGUGCAAGGCAGCCAAAUGCUAAUGUGUUUGCAGAGGAGAGAAUGCAACAUCUAUCAACUAUGUUCUAUACCUGUUCAGAAAAUAAAGCAGAAACUGAAUGCCCUUAUUUAGCAACAGCAGCACACUGUGAAAUAGCUUAUGCUGAAAUUGUAAUAAUUGCUUUUUACUUCACUUACCAGAAAGAAACGCAGCGUAAAAUGUGUCCCCAUCUCUUCAUUGUGGGCCAUUAUUGUGAACGUGUUCGAGUUUUUUUUCUGUAUUCCCUUGUGACAAUUGUGGAUCUUUGGAUGAAAUGUCUGUAAAAUGGUCAAUUUGUUUACUGGUGUAAGACUUUUCCCAAAUUUAUGUUUUGUUUCUGAUUUUGAGCCUCCCAUUCAGAGACAAUCAUAUUUGAGGUAAAUCCAUUUAUGAUGCUCUUAACUUUGACAUCAAGUAACUGUCAAGAAUUUAUGCAUCUCUGACUCUUCAAUGAUGGGUAAAUGUACUAUUUGGCGUGGUCCUAUGGUUUAUGCCAAUGCAAUGAAAUAUGCCAACACUGUAUGGAUAAAAUGUGCGACAAUCAGUGGUACCACAGCACUGAAUGGCACAGGAGGUCUGAAGGUGUGUGGGGCUGAAUGGCAGGUGGUGCUAUGAGUUGGGUCGUUGACAAUUCCUGUUUGGAAUUUGGGUUGAAGCCCAGAUUGGGAGGAUAAAUAUCUUUUCCAACAUCUGUGCCUGAACUGAAAUAAAGUUUGCAUUCACUGCCCAGAUCAUGAGAAAAAAGAAAGACUUUGCCUUUAUAUAGCACCUGUCAUGACUUCCAGAGGACCCAAAGCACUUUCCAGACCAGUGAAGUGCAGUCACUGUUAGAAAGCAGCCGAACAUGAGCUUGUGCUUCAGUUAGUUUGUGCAAGGAAUUCAUCUGAAUGGCAGAAUCACAACUGAACAAAAAUAUUUUUAAAAUUCUUUUGGUCCAAUAGAUUAGACACUCUGGAGAAACUGUGUUUCAGUUUUUAUUUUUUGUUUCUGUUCUCAUUUCAAAUCUCUAGCAUUGGUAGCUCCUUGUUUUAUUUCAGUCUCACUGAGGCUCCAGUUUCCAUCAGCCUAAUAUCCCACCACAUUCUGAUCUCUAUUAAUGUUCUUGCCUGGCUGCUUAUUGCAACAUUAGCUCUUCUGAUCUGGAACUGAAGACAUUCUUAAUAUGGCAUGAAUCUCUGGGAUUGUCCCCUGAAGGUGAGGGUUAAUGUUGAGUGUUAGAACGAUGCACUGGUGACAUAAACAUGAAUGAUCUUAAAUCUACAAUGCCAUUUACCGGUUCAACACACAUUUCUGUACUAUAUGAGAAUUUUCCAGAAUUUAAGCACACUAUUCAGCUUCAAGCUGACAGUACGGAAGGAAAUAAUUUUACCUUUGUACCUUUGUCAAUCCUCCAAAAGAGUUUAUUUAUCUUUUGCAAUCUAUCCCAGUGCCCUGGCCAACAUUUCACAAUUCAACCAAAACUGCAUAACUACUCAUUUGAUCACACAACACCAGGUUAUAGUCCAACAGGCUUAAUUGGAAGCAC